AUGACAUCUGAGUUCGAGCACAAUGCAGCCAAGGUGGUUGCGCUUCGCAACCGGGCGCUGAUCCAGGCAGCGACGUCGAAGGAUGCUGCGACGCGACGCAAUUACGAGCGGCUGCUGCUGGAACGACGGCUGGCGAGCGACGUCAAGGAGAAGGAGAUCGACACAGAGCACCGCAGCGUGGGGAGGCUCGAUCUGGUGGAGCUGCGCGCAGACGAGCUGUGCAUGUUGCAGAAUUUAGGCGCGGCCUUCCGCAUCAACUCGCCGCCGCGCAAGCUCAAACGAACAUCACAGGCGCCGACAGCGGCGGCUACACAGGCGCCCACGCAGCUGCCACAGGCCACCAGCCAGGGGUACCUACCGCCGCCACCACAACCAGACGUUCCCUCUGCCAAACGGGUGCAUCGCUUCACGCCCGAGUUCACCCCCAAACUGGACUACUAG